AUGGCGCCUCCAUCGAACGGCGUGGUACCGGCCGGCAACGACGGCACGAGCACUCCCGUCCCCGCCGCCCUCGCGCAUCAGACCGCCUCGCGGCCGCGGAAUCCGGCGCGGAGGAGGGGGGCGAACGACGACGCGCCGUACGUGGGGCAGCUGAGCGCGGGGGCGAAGCGGCAGGCGCUGGAACGCGCGGAGGGCGAGCCGCGCCAGAAGCGCAAGCGGGUCGUGGACGCCGCCCUGCCCCUCGCCUCGUCGAGCGGCUCAAGGCGGGGCCCGGCGCACGACGUCGACCCCGAAGAGGUCACGGCGCUGGUCGACUUUGCGGACAUGCCCACCGAGUCGCUGUACCGAUACCUGGUGCACUACGACAUCGUGCCGCGGGUGUACCCCUCGCCUCUCGCGCCCGAAGACCCGCUCCCGCCGAUCUGCCUCCUGCACCCGGACCUCGCCGCCGCGGCGAUCCGGGCGCACUCGCCGCCGCCUCCCGCCGCCCCCGCGGUGACGGCGGCGAACCGGCCGCGUCGGGACCCGAAGGAGCACGCGCGGCGACGGACGGCGGCGCGGGCGGACGAAGAGGCGGCGGCGCUGCUGCUGCUCGCGCGCGCGCCGGUGCUCGCGGACCGGCACGAGACGCACGUCGCGCUCGCGUCGCUCGCGCAGCGGCACUUCCGCGGCGCGCACGUGAAGGAGGUGGACACGCUCGCGGCGUUCAUGUGCACCGUCAAGGCCAAAUUGCGGACGGGGACGCGGCCGUGA